CCUGCUAUUGAAACCCGACUUAGUAAACUCGAAGAUAACCAGAUCCGAAUCGGAUCUGAGUUGAGUCAAUUCCGUGACGACGUCACCUCAAGUGUACAGUUGCUGCAGACGUCGGUAACAGAAAUCAAGAUGGCGACCACAGCUCUGGAGAACGUCAUCAGAGAGUCGUCGACCUUGUUACAGGCAUCGCUUGAACAGAUGCAGCAGCGACAGUUGGAGAACUCUGACCACUUAGGGAAACAAAUCAUGGAAGUGCGGAGGGACAUUGCUAUGACCAACAAACACUUACUGCCCAAUAUUAAGCAUAACUAA